AUGCCCCAGGGCCAAAAGACCCCCCCCGAGGCAGAGACCCCCUACCAGAUGACUCCGGGAGCCGCCGCCGCCAUGAACGGCAAAGGGCCGUUCCCAGGCCAGCCCUCGUUCCCCGGCCUGGCCCCCCCCGGGUACCCCCAGGCUCUGCCCCUGCCGCAGCCGCCCCCCUACUUUGACCCUGCACCUGCGUACCCCGAGCUCUACCGUCUCAGCUUCGUCCCCCUGGGCGCUGCCAGCGUCCCCCCCGUGUCCCCGGCGUACCCAGGUGCGUCCCUGUACCUGCCCCUGGCCCCGCCGGUGCCCGUGGGGGCCCUGGGCUCCCCCGUGGCCUAUUUCCCGCUGGGACAGGUGUAUCCGCCGGGAUCCGCGGUGCUGCUGGAAGGGGCAUUUGACACCGGAGCCAGGCUGGGGACAGGGGGCAGCGGCGGCAUCCCGCCGCCGCCCGCCGGGUGCCCCCCGGGUGCCCCUCCGGUGCCCGUCCCGCCCGGAGCCGCCGUCCUGCUGCCCCCACGCAAGGGGGGCUUCGGCCUGGGGGGGGCCGGGGGUGGCUUCAGCCUCUGGUGAGGGGGGGCCGGGUUUGGGGAGCCCCCCCCGCCCAUCAGCACCUCCCCCCGGUACCUGGGGAGCCCCAAAGGCCGGAGAGGGGCCCCCCCGCAGGUGACAUGAGCGGGUGAUGGGGGGGGGGGGUCCCGGGGGGUUCAUUCACAAAUUAGGGUGAGCUCAGCCCCGCCCUUUUCUCAUUUACACGAAGCUCUAAUUAAUUAACGGCCUAAUCACGCCCUGGGGAAGUGUUUCCCCUUCCACUGCCCUCUUGCCCCUGUUGAACCCAUCCGGGUUUCCCUUCCUUUUGGGAAAGGUGGAUUUUGGGUAGAAAACAGGCAAAAUCUCCUCCCCAUAAGCGAAAUUCCCUCUCCAGAGGCAAAAAUCCCCUUCCCAGCAGUGGGAAGGGCACCUGAGCCCUUGCUGGCCUCACUCCAGGGGUCCCCCCUCACUCUCUCCCACCUUUCUCCUUCGGAAACGUUUAUCCUGGGAUUUUUUAACCCGCUCCAAGUAACCUUGGAUUGUUUGCACUUCAGCUCUAAUCAAAGCCAUGACCGGUGCCAGGGCCGUGCUGCAGCUCCCGUGGGAUCAUCCCAUUCCAGCUAGAACCAGGUUUAACCGAUGCUUAAUUAGCAAACGCUUGGUUUUAACUCAAACCUGGUGUUUUCACACCCAGAUUCCUUAAAUCCCAGAGGCUGGUUUCCAUCUGUCCGGGGGCGUGUGGGAACUGUCAAUUAACACAGAUCCGCUUGGAUCAGGGACUGUUUGGGAAUGGGAUCGUUUGGGAGGAGGGUUAUCAAUGGGUUUAUCAAUGAGUUGCUUAUCAGCGGGUUUAUGAAUGAGUUUUAUGAAUGGAACGUUUGUAGACGGAUUUUUAUGAAUGGGAUGUCUGUAAAUGGGAUGUGAAUGAGUUUAUCAGUGGGUUUAUCAGUGACUCAUGCGUGCAUUGGUAACCAAACCUCCACAAGCUGAGGAGGAACAUUUCAGGGAUCCUCAAUCGGGUGUUUUUCUUCUUUUUGGUUGUUAUUUGAUGAAAAAGGAGCUCAGAUUCGACUCUGUUUUAUCUUAGUAUUUCACUUUAAUCUGAAUCCGUGUCCUGUGUGUGUGUGUGACCAUCCCUGACUGUUCCCGAGCUCAGCUCUCGGACUCUCUGUGCUGCACUGAACUUGUGGAGUUUUUAUACUAAAAACCAAAAAUAAAAUAAAGAUUAUUUUGAAAAUUUAAA